AUGAGCCUGCUUGCCGCCACCUCCUACCACCCAGCCAUGUUUGAGCCGCAUGGCUCCGCUGCGGACCUCACGCUCCGACGCGAUCCCGAGGUCUCGAUCUCCUCGCCGCCCAUCCAUCUGGACCGAGAUCAGAUCGACCAGCUGCGCACCUUCGACAUCGACUCCUGCCGCUCCUCGCCGUCGUCGUCACAGGGUAGCGCCGACUUUUCACUCUUCUCGCUCGAACCGGCCCCUCCGAAAAGGCAGACGAGGACAAGGGCUCUUGCCAAGAAGCUCUCAACCCGCUUCGGCUUCAGAAGAGACGAGGAGCACGCCGGCGUCGUCGAGGCUCAAGAAGCCGAAGAGAAGUCGCCAUGCACCCCGGCGCAGACCCUGCAAGAGCUUCCGACCCUGACGCCCCCUCCAGCUCCGAUCAAGGCCAAGCCAGCGCGCCGCGUGCUGCGACUCGAGCGCGCCAUCCCCUUUGCUCUCUCGCCCAAGUCGGCCUCGCUCGCAAGGGCCGCUUCGACUAUGACCUCCCCACCUGCUUCGCCACCGAGCUACCGGGAAGCGGAGCUGCAGCAGUCCUGGGCCGCCAUCGGCAUCGACAUCCACGACCCCAAAUCCGGCCCCAAGCCCCACUGCACCCCGCAGCAGCUCGUCUCGGCCAUGGACGACUUCUUCGGCGUCUCCCCUUGCCCUCCGGUCAAGGAGAAGAAGAGAAAGGACGAUGGGCGGCAGAGCAAGGUCGACAAGAUCCGGUCCCAGGGCUGGAGCUAG